AUGGAGCUAUUACGUUCAAACCCUGACAGCAAAAUUGAGAUCACCACAACAACAAAACCGAAUGGAGCCAAAGCGUUUAACUCAAUGUAUAUCUGCUUUCACAACCUACGUGUGUCAUGGAAGACUUAUUGCAGACCGGUGAUUGGAUUAGAUGGAACCUUUCUCAAGCACAGCUCGUUGCAAGGACUGAUACUGACUGCCGUUGGAAGAGACCCCAAUAACCAGAUCUAUCCAAUUGCAUGGGCUGUCGUAACCUCUGAGAACAACGAUAACUGGCAGUGGUUUAUCCAGCGUUUGAAGAUUGAUUUGGGUUUAGCAUGGAUCCAUGAAGUUGCAGUCGAGUUGCCAAGAGCUGAACAUAGAGCGUGUGCUAGGCACAUCUACUCCAAUCUGAAGAAGCUUCAUAAGUCUGAUACGUUGAAGCCAUUGUUCUGGCGUGUUGCAAGUAGCUACAAUGAGGCUGACUAUGAGAAGAAUUUAGAGAAUUUGAAACAGCUUGAUCCACUCGCAGCUGAUGAUCUUUUGAAAAAGGAUCCGACAUCUUGGUGCAGAGCUUUUUUCCGGAUAGGGUCUUGUUGUUCUGAUACACACAACAACUUCACUGAGUCUUACAAUAGAACUUUGAAGAUAGCUAGAAAGAAGCCUUUUAUUCAGAUGCUUGAGUUGAUUAGAAGGGAUGCUAUGCAGAGGAUAGCGACUAGAAGUAAGACGGAUAACAACACGCCAGGUCUCUACACAAAGAAGGCUAGAAAGGAGGUUAAAAAGUCUUGUGAUGAAGCUCAAUAUUGCUAUUCUUACUGUAGCACAGGUGGUGAAUUUGAGAUUGUAGAGUUUUCAAAUGGUUACACUGUCAACUUGCCUUCUCGAAGCUGCACUUGUAGGAAAUGGGACUUGUCUGGAAUUCCAUGUCGUCAUGCCGUAUCAGCUAUCCGUGAGAAUGGUAUGGAGGUUGAUGAUUACAUUUCGGAUUACUAUCUUACAUGA